AUGAAUAAGGAUACUUGUUACAAAUGUAAGGAUUUAAAAACUGGUAAUACUUAUGAUUAUUGUACUUACAAUUCAAAAAAGGAUGACAAUUAUUCGGAAUAUUUGACACCUCGAAAACGAAGAUCUAAUUCAAAUAUCGAGAAUCGAGAAUCACCGUCUACGAAAAUAUCCUUGGAUGAUGGCAAAUUAAAAAUUGCUGCCUCCGAACACGUCGAGAAUUUAAAGGAUCAUCCGAAUUUUAAUCGAAAGUUUGAUAAUCCAUACAGAUUUAGUGACGAAAUUUUUACCGAAGCUAGCGAAUAUAUUCCUGAUAAGUAUAAAAAAAUUAAUGAAAAUUGUGAGAAAGUAUUAAGGGAUUCUAUGGUUUGCAUGGUUUGCAAGGAUAUGAAAAGUAAAGCAAAGUAUGAACAAUGUUCUUACGUAGCUAAACCUAAUGACAAAUCUUAUGCUUAUAGUAAAUCAAAAUUAUUUGGAAAAGGACACGACGAGGACGCAGAACCGGAUGAAAAAUUAAAGGUUGAUCCAGAAAAAAAAUAUUACGAAUCAUCGUAUCCAAGUGAAAGGUAUGAAAGAUCACAGGUGAAAGUAAGAAACGAUGAGGAAAUAAAUAUAGACGAAGAAAAAGAAUCAUCGACCGAUUGUAAAAAGCUUGAAAAAGAUGGUAAAAUUUGUACCAUUUGUAAGGAUCCUAAAACGGGUGGUAAUUAUGAGAAAUGUUCUUAUGCAUAUCAACCUAAAGAUAAGGUAUACAAAUUCAGUAGAUCUAAAUCAUUCGGUUAUCCUGAAAAUACGUCAAAAAAAUCAUCAAGUUCGAAAAAGGAAGAAGAAGAAGAUGAAGAAUCCGAUCGUCCUAUCGAAUCCAAAUAUUCGGAUUAUACGAAAGAUUAUAAUUUACCGGACGAAUCUAAAAGUUAUUACGAUAAAUCAGAUUCCAAUAAUAAAAAAGAUUCAUACGACGUUUUACCUGAUUAUUAUACUAGCCCGUCGGAAUAUAAAUCGGAAUCUGAAAUAAAUUCAGAAAAAAUAGAUCAAUCCAAUUGUAAAUUAAUCGAAAAGGAUUCGAUGACGUGUAAGGUUUGUAAAGAUCCUAAAAGUGGUGAUAAUUUUGAACAAUGUUCUUACGCUUAUAAACCGAAAGAUAAAGUAUACGCGUAUACGAAAGGUAAUUCUUAUGGUAGUCCUACGAAAUCUGAGGAAAAUCAAGAAGAAUCCAAGGGUUAUGAUGUUCAAGAAAAUAUUAGAAAAAUUAUUAAACCGCCAUAUAAUAAGGGUUACGAUAAGGGUUAUGAUAAAAAUGAAGAUUACAACGAGAAGGAAGGAUAUCCUUCGGAAAAUUCGGAACGUUUGAUAUUCGAACCGUCGACCUUGAAGGCAGCAGCAGCUGCAACUAAGGCAGCUAUCGAUGAGACUAAAAAAAAA